AUGCUGAAUUGGCUGCGAGACCUCCUCAUCGACCUGGCAUUUUGCGUCCGUGUUAGCAAAUCGCCACCUGUGUGGUAUUUCGCUCCCAGUGGGGUUCACCAAGGUUCGGCUCUUGGUUCAUUGCUCUUUGUGGUUUAUGUGAACGACCUGCCCAGUCGACUACGCAGCCCAUCCCUCAUGUAUGCGGAUCACAGCAAAAUCUGGCGUACAAUCGAGGAUCCGAAUGAUCGAAGUUCUCUUCAAACGGAUUUGAACAACCCGGCUCAAUGGGCAGACAACAUCGCAAAGUGUGCUUACCUGCACUUGGGGCGUGCUGACUCAAAGGUAGUCUACAACUUCCAGGGAACCACACUGCGCAGAACAUCGUGCGAAAGAGACCUGAGUGUUAUGGUUACGUCAUCACUAAAUACCCGAGAAAACACCGAUCAGGUUUGUGCUGCCGCAUGGAGCAUUCUGGGGCCUAUUCGAAGAUCUUUCAACCGGCUCACGAUGGACGCUUUUACACUGCUGUACGCUUCCUACGUCACACCAAGACUUGAGGAUGGUGGUGCAGCGAGAUACCUCUGCACAGCCGGUGAACUGCCUAAGUUGGAGGGUGUACAACGUGCUGUUACUAGACUCGUUGUUAGACGACGCGGGACCAGCUAUGAAGGUCAUCUACAGGCUAUUGGUCUACUCGCAGUUGCGCAUUAG